ACAUACAGUGAUUUAUUUUGUUGUUGCAAUCUCGGACAGAAGAAACAUGGUCGGAUCCCGUGUUGCAGUGGUUACUGGAGCAAACCAAGGCAUUGGCUAUGCAACUGUUAAAGAACUAUGUAAAACGUUUAGCGGCUCAGUUUAUCUAACUUCUCGAAAUGAGAAUUUGGGUAGGGCCGCAGUCGAAGAACUUGGGAAGCUUGGCUUGCAUCCCAAAUACCACCAACUUGAUAUCGAUGACGAAUCCAGUGUUCUGCGGCUGAGAGACUACCUGAAAGCAACCUAUAGCGGUCUAGAUAUCUUGGUUAACAAUGCUGCGAUGUUAAUUUUGGCGAAAAAUGAAGAUUCACGAGAAUUGUUUACAGAAAACACGCGCUCCGUAGUGCAAACUAAUUUUUUCAAUACGCUUCGUGUGUGCAAUAUCCUUUUCCCCCUUCUGAGGCCUCACGCAAGAGUAGUCAAUUUAUCUAGCAGCAUGGGUCACAUUUCCCAGAUCGAGGGUCAGAGUGAGGCAGCCACCACAUUAAGAGCCAAAUUUUCUUCUCCGGAUCUCUCGUACGACGAGCUGUUGAAACUCAUGAACGAUUUUCUGGAUGCUGUGAAGCGAGGAGAUCAUUCGGAUUAUGGCUGGCCACAGAAAAACUGGGUCUCUUACAUUGCGUCUAAAAUCGCUGUAAGUGCGAUGACACGAAUCCAACAACGUGAUUUCAAUGUUGAUCCACGUGAAGACAUAAUCGUUAAUCACGUCCAUCCUGGCUACGUCAAUACGAAAAUGGCGUCCUUUAAAGGGGUGUUAACAAUUGAACAAGGUGCUGCUGCUCCGUCGUGGUUGGCCAUGUUGCCACCCAACGACGCCACAAAUCCGAAAGGAGCUUACGUUUGGCACGAUAAGACCAUCGUCGAUUGGGUAAAUGGGCUACUUCCGGCGCAAUAUUAAUCAAUUUCUUAUGAAUGUUUCCCAGAAUACUUAUAAGCUACACCGUAUUUUACCUUCAAGCAAUAAUAAAUUUGAAAGAACAUUUUCUAUA